AUGUAUACAUACAUAUAUGCAAACCAUAUAAUGUAGUGAAGCCAAUUACAAAUACUCUGAAUAAAUAUCUCUGGUGAUAUACCAAUAUAUUGUUUUCACUGCUGGUCUUGAUCGAUCAACACCCUUGAGUAAGUCAAGCUCUUUACUCACGGUUUCUUAAUUAAUUAUUACAUUAUAUAUAUAUAUAUAUAUGAAGCACGUUCUUGUGAUUUUGCUGCUAUGUAUGAUAUUUUAUAUGAAUGGUGGAGUUUUUACUCUUGGGCACAAAGAAGAUGCCAGCAUGACGCUAUCCGGGUCCUGCAUUGAGAAGGAGAGGGAAGCGCUGUUGAUUUUUAAAAGCCACAUUAGUUUCUCUGGAGAUUCACUCGACGACUGGGGAGACAAAGAAGAAAAAAAGGAUUGCUGCCAAUGGGAGGGUGUUAAUUGUAACAACCACACUGGGCAUGUGAUCAAACUUGAUUUCCGUCUAAUGCAAUUAAGUGGAUUCAUUUCUGUUUCCCUUGGUGAUUUGACUUCUCUUACAUAUUUAGACCUCUCUAGUAACAAUUUUACUGGAAACUUGCCAGAUACCGUGUGGCAACUUCCAAAUCUUGAUUUUCUUGAUGUUAGUGACAACUCUUUGAAUGGAAACAUUCCCGAGUUCACACUACGUUCAUCCCUGUCACACUUAGACCUCUCUAGUAACAACUUUACUGGUGAUUUGCCCAGCAGUGUGGGUCAGCUUUUAAAUCUUGAUCAUCUUGAUGUUAGUCACAAUUCUUUAAGUGGAAAGAUACCUGAAUUUACGGGAUGUCCAUCCCUGUCACACUUAGACCUCUCUAGUAACAACUUUACUGGUGAUUUGCCCAGCAGUGUGGGUCAGCUUUUAAAUCUUGAUCAUCUUGAUGUUAGUCACAAUUCUUUAAGUGGAAAGAUACCUGAAUUUACGGGAUGUCCAUCCCUGUCACACUUAGACCUCUCUAGUAACAACUUUACUGGUGAUUUGCCCAGCAGUGUGGGUCAGCUUUUAAAUCUUGAUCAUCUUGAUGUUAGUCACAAUUCUUUAAGUGGAAAGAUACCUGAAUUUACGGGAUGUCCAUCCCUGUCGGUUUUAGACCUCGAUAGUAAUGAUUUUACUGGAGAUAUACCGAUCAGUGUGACUCGACUUCUAAAUCUUCAUUAUCUUGAUUUUAGUCAUAAUUCUUUAAGCGGAAACAUUCCUGACUUUUCAGGAUAUCCGUCGAUAUCGAACUUGGACUUGUCUGAUAACAAAUUAGCUGGAAACUUGCCCAUUAGUGUGGGUCAACUUUCAAAACUUGAACAUAUUGAUGUUUCAUCCAACUCCCUUAAAGGUGUAAUCUCUGACCUUCAUUUUCAAAAUCUCACCAAUUUAACUUAUUUGGAUUUGUCUUUCAAUUCUUUCUCACUUGAGUUGAGUUCCAUUCCUUCUAAAUUGGAGACAAUAAAGUUGCAAUCCUGCAUUUUGGGACCUAGUUUCCCUAUGUGGCUCAAAAAUCAUACAAGCUUUAAAUAUCUGGAUAUAUCAAGUGCUGGAAUAUCACAGAGCAUUCCUUCAUGGUUCUGGGAUCACCUACCAUCUGGGUUGAGUUUUCUAAACAUCUCUUCAAAUGAACUAAAAGAUGUGCUACCAGAUGUAACGACAGACUUCGAUAAUUAUCCUGGAAUAGAUUUGAGUGACAAUCAAUUCGAAGGUAGAGUACCAAUGUUACCUUCUAAACUCGCCGCGUUAAACCUUUCCGGGAACAAGUUCUCAGGAAACCUCUCUUUCUUGUGUCACAUAGACAGAGCGUUAACUUUGUUAGACCUCUCAAACAAUUCAUUCACAGGGAGCCUUCCUGAUUGUUGGUCGAAAUUCCAAGAAUACCUAACAAUCCUUAACUUGUCAAAUAACAAUUUGUCUGGGAAAAUCCCUUCUUCUUUGGGAUUAUUAUCUCACUUGCAGGCAUUGUAUUUGCGAACAAACACCUUUAUCGGUGAACUUCCUGUGUCCUUGAGCAACUGCACAAAACUAAGGUUUGUGGAUCUUGGGGAUAACAAGUUAUCUGGCACAAUUCCUGCUUGGAUAGGUGAAAGACUUACAGAGUCGUAUGUAAUUGUUCUACGAUCCAAUGCAUUCUCUGGCAGUCUACCUGAGCAAGUGUGUUGGUUGUAUAAUCUUCAACUUCUUGACCUUUCUAACAAUAGAUUGUCAGGAAACAUUCCUGAGUGUGUUGGUAACCUCACAGCUAUGGUCAGGGUAGUAGGGUCCGGAGAUGUUAUGGUUAGCCAUUUUUAUUCAUCAUCUGCUCGUACUCUUCUUGUAACAGAGCAGGCGCUUAAUCCUAAUAAAGCAAUUUGUUUACAAGAAUUUAAUUGUAGAGAAGCUCCGAUAGAGGCCCUCGCAAAAGCCCUAUUCACUGACAUUGCAUUGGUUGCAUGGAAAGGAAAAGUUCGUGAAUUUGGAAGAACCGGCCUUAAAUUACUUAAGAGCAUCGAUCUUUCAAGCAACAACCUUUCUAGAAUACUUCCCACUAGUAUCACUAGUCUUGUUGAUUUGGUCUCCUUAAAUUUAUCCUGCAACAAUCUUCACGGAGAAGUCCCAAAAGAUAUCGGGCGGUUAAAAUCACUUGAUUCUCUCGACUUGUCAGGAAAUGAAUUUUCGGGAAGUAUUCCCUCUAGCUUGUCAUGGAUAGAUGGUUUAGGUUAUCUUGACCUCUCAAACAAUAAUUUUUCAGGAAAAAUUCCACCGCCUAAACUGCAACUCUUCGAUUCUUCCUCCUAUAGUGGUAACCCACUACUUUGUGGACUUCCACUUACACGAAAAUGUGGACCUGAUACUGGCCUGAUUGAUAAAAACGAAGAUGAUGAAGAAGAUGACAAACUAGAUGAAAAUGAAGUUUUGAAAUGGUAUUACAUUGGAAUGGGUGUUGGAUUUGCUGUUGGAUUUUGGGGAAUUUCAGGCGCUAUAUUUCUCAAUCGUGGAUGCAGACAUUUCUUGUUUGCAGCACUGAGUCACGUAAACAAUUGGAUAUACGUAACACUGGUUCUGUAUCUUCGGAAGUUUAAAAGGUUUUAGGAGUUCACUACACAUUUCUAAGCAAUUUCAUAGUUGGUCUCUCUAAGGAAGUCUCAUACUAUAUAGCGGGUCGAAUUAUCAUAGUGUUGGUGAAAACUAAAAUGUUGCAUUUGAUAGUCUAUGUAAAGGUUGUUUCGUAGUGUCAAAACUUUGUGUGUUAUAGUUUUUGUACCGAAACUCACAAUUGUUCUCGCAGUUAUAUUUUAUACUACUUUUUUAAUGGUA